AUGAAUGAUAAGAUAGACUAUUGUUUUCAAGAGGAUAGACCUGAAACCCCAGCAGAAGAUGAUAAAACCACAGUCAAAGCUAACUAUAAGAAGUGGAUGCAUUCAAACAUGAUGGCUAAGAAUGUUAUUAGGCAGUCUAUGUCCAAAAGCAUUAGAGGAUGCGUGGCUGAGCCGGAAUUUGCUACUGAUGUUCUGGAGGCCGUGUCAGCUAAGUUCAUGGAGAGUGAGAAAGCUGAGAUAGCUAGGCUAAACAAAGAAUAUCAUAGCCUGCAAUACUCAGGAACUGGAGGAGUCAGAGAACAUUUAUUAAAGUUGAUUAAUAUUAACAAUAGGCUUAAAGAGAUGAUGAUGGGAGUACAAGACACCUUGCUGGUGCAUCAUGCACUGGACACACUCCCAAGCAGUUUUGACCAUCUCAGGACUAGCUAUAAUGCUCAAAAGGAAAACUGGACUCUAGAUGAACUAAUAGUCAUUUGUUCUGAUGAGAAGGAGAGGACUAAGAAGCAAACCCCAACUAUUUACCUGCUUGAAAAGCCUAAGAAAAGGAAGUCACAUCCACAACAGAACAAGCUUAAGCCUAACAAGAUCAUCUCUAAGACAUCAGCAACUACAUGGCCAAAGGAUAACAAACCAUUCAGAUUCAAGUGCUACUUUUGUAAGAAAGGGUUCAAAAAGACCAGAACUCCAAGAAGUGAGGAUGUUAGCUUGUGUGUUGGAAACGGGAUGAAGGUGGCAGUAAAAGAUGCAGGAUGUCUUAGGCUUGAUUUAGGAUCUGGAAAAUUUCUAGCUUUGAAUUAA